AUGCGUGGAAUCUCAUUGUUGUUGGGGGCAUCAUUCAAGCUGGUGUUUUUAGGGCUUGAGGGAGGGCCGCAGUUCUUUAGUUUUCAAGGGGCUGGAGUAAGAGAGGGGUACUACAUUUUCUGGUGUCAGACUGUGGUGAAUAGCUCCCAGAAGAUUCACAGAGUGUCAGAGAAGGAGCCAAAAGGUAGUGGAGUGGCUGAGCUACCAGAAAGCAGAGGGAAGAUGGCAUCUGCCAGUUUGGUUUUUGUCUGGCUACUGCUCACCAUGAGGAUGGUUACCUCGGCAGUCUAUCUGGAGCCUGAGGAGGAGGAACUUAAUGAAACUGUCAUUUGCACCAACGACCGUAUGGAGCUUGUUAUUCCAAGCACUUUUUUUCUCAACAAAGUUCCUCCUGUUUACGCUUGGGAUUUGCAUUUAAAUGAUCCGGAGUGCCGUGGUGAUGUAGUCGGAGAGGACUAUGUUUUCAGCAUUAAGACAAAUCUGUCAGAUUGCGGCACUAUAAUGGCCUCAGAUGACACACACAUGGUGUUCAUAAACACCAUACACAACAACUACUCAGAUAUUAUCACAAGAAACUACAUCAACAUAACAUUUGCGUGCCGCUACCCCAUCAACUACAUGGUCCAACAGCCCAACGGAGAAAACAUGAUCAGAGUGGACAUCAGACCUAUCACUCUGAACACUGAGGAUGGGAAUUUCUCAGUGUCAAUGCUGCUGUACAAAGACGAAGCCUUUGAGGACAGGUGGACCACUGUGCCAUCGCUGACUCUGGAGGAUAACAUCUUUGUAAAAGUUUUCAUGAUACCUUCUCAUCUGCAGCUGCGUAUGGAGAGAUGUUGGGCUACGCCGACCAGUGAUCCAUACAGCAAUAUUCAGUACACCUUCAUCGCAGACAGCUGUCCAGUGUUGACCAACGACCAGACUCUGAGCGUGCUGAAGAACGGUCAGGGCCCAGAGGCCACGUUCAGGAUACAAAUGUUUAAGUUUGUCGGCAGCUCUUAUACCAACGUCUUCCUUCACUGCAACGUCCAGAUUUGCCACAGUGGUCCCGGUCUGUGUCAGCCUAACUGUUCCGGUGAAGAUGGAUUACUGAGAACACGGAGAGAAAUACCACUGUCCCGUACAGUGUCUUACGGACCCAUAAGACGACUAUUAAACCCCAGUGAAAAUCCCAGUCUAGAUGCAGGAGGAGUCCCAGCUGUGGAGACCUUUGUCCUCGGAGGACUGCUGCUUGUCUUGCUGCUGGUAACAGGAGUCUUUGGGGGGUUGUGGCUUCGCUCCAGACAUUUCUACCCAGCACGGGAAGCACAGCUUACCCUGUCCAACAUUCAUCACAUCUCAGAAGUGGCCUCAUGAAUUGUAUGGACUUUAUAGAAUUAGUAAAUGGACACAGGAAAACAUACGUACACGCGUUUUUAUAAUAAUGUUAUAUGUUUUGUGUAUUAUGCUCAUUAGAAAAAAAAUUUGUUUGAUUUGUAAAAAGCUGUGGGUAAUAAACAUUUCUCUUAAACACAUUCCUGAUAUUAAGAUACUUGUGCUUUAUGUCAUUAUUUUUAUUUUGUGCUACUUAAUUCAACUGCUGUAUACCAUUUGUAUUUUCACUGAAGUAAAUUCUUUCUUGCAUGUGUGGCUUUUACUCAAAAAGCAACUCUAGUACCUUUUCAAUUGAAUAUGAUCCAGAGCAACAAAACAAAAAACAUGCCCGAACAUUUAAUGUUUUACUUUUAUGUUAUAUGACACACAAAUAUGCUGCUCAGUUUUGGGUCACAUGGUUUUAGUUUUAACAUGUGACCCAAAUAGCAGAUGUAAAUAAAACAAUGUUCUUAAAUUAAUCAUGUUUAAUCGUGUUUCACGUUUAAUGAAAAUGGAUGUGAAUUUGCUGUUAAUGCUUCCUGGAUAUGACAUGAACAGUAAUCAGACUUAUUUAUGAUAGGAUAAGUUAUAAUUUUACCCCAGUCUUUUUAUCUUUAUGUAUAAAAAUGUAAUUAGUCUUUCUGAGUUUUUUAAGCAUCCUCUGAUUUUUACUUGUAUGCCUACAUACAGUACCAUGCAAAAGUCUAGAGCCACCACUCAUUUCUUUAUGUUUUUGCUGUGAAAAUGGGAAAUAGAUUAAACUAAUUAUGAAUCAUGCACAAACACACAUAGAAAUGCAGCAUAUAAGUAUUCUGUAUGCAGUGUACCUCUCCUGCCCUC